AUGCUCGCCGCCGACGUUCUGGACGAAUCGCGCGCUGCAAAGCGCGAUGAUGUGCACCACCGCAUACAAGCCGUUAACACGGCGCCUCAAGUCCCCUCUCGUCGCGCUCUCGCUGGCAUUGCACUCAUCUCAGUAUUAUCAGCCGUCGAGAAGCAGCGCAAGAAGAAGGUCAAAGGCAAAGAAGACCAGCACGAGUUCAAUACGACCGAAGAUAUGUCUGGUGAACUACAAACGAUACCUGCGCGCCACGGCGUUGCAACUUUUGUGCCCAGAGGCCGGACAAUCAAGGUCAUCAACACUUACGGAAAGCAGGUAAUCAGUAUGUGGGCGUUUAGUCUGGGACCUCCGCCUGACGAUGGAGACGGCGAGGAGGGUGAAGGAAAGGAACUGGACGACGAACAACUCAAGAAGGAAGCAGAGCAGAUGAAGAAGGCUGUCGAGGAAGAAGGAGAGAAAGCUACAGAGGCGACAAAAGGAGAAGAUGAUGGGGCGAAGGAGCCGAAGAAGGAGGCAGAUGGUAACGACAACGGUAAAGAGACGCAGUCUACCGAAGAAAAGACUGAGGACUCAAAGCAAGAAGCUGCCGAGGACCCGCCCGAGCAGGCUCCCGAUACACCCAACAACGAGAAGACGACUGAAAGCACAGAUUCAUCGUCAAAGCAGCCCAACAAGCGCACAUGGGCGUCAUACCUCCCUUCUAUCCCGUACCGCAGCAAAGGUGGAGCGAGCAAGCAGGAAGCAGAGCAGAAACCUAGUCCCGAACAGGAGAAGAAGCAGAAUGAGGAGAACACCAAGAAGUGGUCUUCGUACUUGCCGACCGGAAAGAGCUUCUCUAGCUACGUACCGAAUGUCGAAGUGCCAGACUCGAAAUCCGUCGUGAGCGCGUUCAAGUCGAGCCAUAACCGCGAUCCGAACAAGAGCUAUGCGGAGCAGUUGUACGACUUCUCGAAGACACCUGUGGGUGCUGGAACUAUUGCCGCUGCAACCGGUUCAGGGUACGCAUCCUCAGCUUACGCUGUAUACUCCGCCUACGCUUCGACGAAUCCUUCGAACUCUGAGCAACCUCCCAUGGAGUACCUCUCUCUUCCCCACACGCGCGCCGCCUCGCACAAACUCGUACCUGAAGUCGAUGACGAGCUAUUGACCAAUUUGCGCAACCCGAUCGUUACUCUCGUCGAAGACACCUCGCCAGGUGCUCACGAUACACUGACGGCGGCGUGCGACGCGAAUCAAUACGCUGCUCUCGGUGUCGAUAAACCAGCGGAGCAUGGUAGCUGUGCGGAGAACCUCGUCCUCGCACUCAAGGAGAUCAACGAGACGGCAGGACUGAAAGGCCCAAAAGCAGUUGGCGCAGACAUCUCCGUCAACAUCGCACCGACACCUCUCCAUCUCUUCAUGAACGCGCCUCUGCAAUCUGAAGGUACAUCCCACAGCGACGGCGCAGGCACAAAGGGCGUGACACUCAGCGUCGAUGAGCCAAAGGGCAAGAAACGCUGCCACGUCCGCUUCCGCGCCGAGCGAGACGUAGUCAUUGUAUUCAGCGCCUGCCCCAUGGACGUGGGCAAGCAGAACGGUGGACGCUGCAUGGCAGCCAACUUCAUGGUCGAAGACGUCCAAGAAGGCGAAGAUCUCGCCUCAUCCGUCGCUUAUGGUAAAGCGAAGAAAGCACCGAAGAAGCUGAACCAGAAGGACAAGGCAGAUGACACGAAACCAAAGCCUAAAGAAGCGCAACAACCUAAGAAGGCCGACACGGCGGAGGAGAAGGAUGCACCAAAGAAGCCAGAGUUGAAGAAAACGGAAUCGACUAAACAGGCACUUAAGAAAGAUGGUGAUGCGGCGGAUAAGAAGAACGCUCCUGCGCAGAAAGAUGAGAAGCCAGAUGGAUCCACGACAUCUGAAGAGCCAAAGGCAAAGAAGAAGCCUAAGAAGCUUCAGGUGCGUAGCCAGGGGGCGUAG